GCACAGACACUUGCAAGGCGAGGAACGGCGGCUGCCACCACAUCUGCCACGACGACGACGACGGCAGUGUUACCUGUUCCUGCCGCCAGGGGUACAGGCUGGCCCGUGACCGCCGCACCUGCCUGGCGGACGACCCGUGUGAGGUGAACAACGGCGGGUGUCAGGACCAGUGCCAGGCUGACAGAGGUCGUGCCCAAUGCUCCUGCCGUCCAGGAUUCACCUUGGCAGACGACCAAGUGUCCUGCGUCUGACGGAGGAUGAGUGCCAGCAGCCUGGCAUCUGCAGCCAGCAGUGCCACAACACGUGGGGAUCCUACCAGUGCCUCUGUGACUCCGGCUACCAGCUUGGCACUGACCAGACCUCCUGCUACAUGAUCGAUAUGGAGGUGAUAAACUACUGCCUCGAGAACAACGGCGGGUGUCAACACAUGUGCGAGCACGGCCCCUAUGGUCCCAUCUGCUCCUGCCACCAAGGAUACCAACUCAAGGCCGACGACCAAUCCUGCGAGGACGAGGACGAGUGCGCUGCGGAGAGCCACGACUGCCAUCAGGAGUGCAUCAACACGGAAGGGAGCUACGCCUGCACCUGCACCUCCGGCUUCACACUCAACGAGGACUCCCACACAUGCACAGACGUGGACGAGUGCGCCAUGGAGAACGGAGGGUGUGAGCAGGACUGUGGCCAACACGCCGGGCUCCUACGGUGUGUUCCUGCGGCCCAGGGUUACGUCCUCGUCGAACAUACAGACUGUGAUAUGAUCCUGGAUGACAGCGACCAGAGUCCCUUUGUGCCGUUCGGCAUCCCGACGGAGGCGAGUAGGGCGGUGCCGACGGUGAUCCGGAUUCCCAAUAACCUGGUCUCUGCCGUGAAUGAGCAGGUCAACUUUGCCCCAAUCUUCACGCGGUGCGUUGCUGAAUUCUUUGGACCAAACUGCUCGCUGACGUGCGCUGACUGUCCCGGGGAGUGUGGAGAGGACGGCUGCGUGUGUCCCCCAGGCAAGACAGGACCCACGUGCGCCUCACCAUGCCCCGCCGGAACCUUUGGCCACAACUGCACAGAGGAAUGUCAGUGCAAGAAUGGCGGCACCUGUGAGCCUGUGUCUGGAAACUGCACGUGUCCUCCCGGGGUGACGGGCGACCAGUGUGAGGAUGGCUGUCCCGCAGGGUACUACGGGGAGCAGUGUGAGCGGCGGUGCCCCGUGACGUGUGCCAACAUGCGCUGCAAUAGACUCUUCGGGUUCUGUGAAUGUGAUCCGGGUCGCUUCGGCUCAUCCUGCAACCUGCCCUGUCCUGACUUCACGUGGGGCGCCAACUGCCGCCACCAAUGCCGGUGUGACACUAGGACCACGGCGCGCUGCCACCCUGAGAGCGGCGUGUGCGAGUGUCUGCCUGGCUAUGUGGGGCCGGACUGCUCGGAGGAGUGCGCGCCGGGGAAGUGGGGGACCGGCUGCCUGCACGAAUGUCAGUGUGCCAACGGGGACGCGUGCCACCCUGCGACGGGCGUGUGCAUCAAGGACUGUCCCCCGGGUUUCACGGGAACCGACUGUGACGAGCGCUGCGAGGCGGGUCACUACGGCCCGGGCUGCAUGAAGACCUGUAUGUGCGGUGGCAUGCGGCCCUGCGACCCCAUCACCGGGGAAUGCCUCUGUCCCUCAGGCACCCACGGCCCCAGCUGCCUCCAGGUGUGCGCCCCUGGACGGUGGGGGGAGAGCUGCCUGCAGGAGUGCCAGUGUGAGAACGGUGCCUCUUGUGAUCGCGUCAGCGGGAAGUGCCACUGCCUGCCGGGAUAUGUCGGCCCGGCGUGCGAGACCAAGUGUCCCUCAGGAAGGUUCGGUGUUGGCUGCCGCGACACCUGCAGCUGCCUCAAUGGCGCCACUUGCCACCACAUCACCGGCAGGUGUGAGUGCGUGCCAGGUUUCACGGGACCAGGCUGCAGUCAGCCCUGUCCGCUGGGACGCUUCGGACAGGACUGCGUCCACAUGUGUGACUGUAACAGCGGCCGCUGCGACCGAGUGACGGGCGAGUGCACGUGUCCCCCAGGCUGGCGAGGACCUCAGUGCCAGCUCCCAUGCGACGCGGGGCGGUACGGGGCCGGGUGCGCCAUGAACUGCAGCUGCGCCAAUGGUGCUAAGUGUGACCACAUCUCCGGCGCCUGCAUGUGCCAGCCAGGCUGGCUUGGUACUUUCUGUUCCCGGCCGUGUCCCGAGGGUUACUGGGGGCCAGAGUGCCGUCACCGGUGUGGCUGUGGAACUGGCGCCACUUGUGACCCUGCAACAGGUGCCUGCCUGUGCCCUCCCGGCAAGUAUGGCCUCCACUGCUCCAAAGUGUGUCCGAUCGACCGAUGGGGCACCGACUGCCAGAACAACUGUCUCUGCUACAACGGCGGUUCCUGCGACCGGGUGUCCGGCGCCUGCGUGUGUCCCCCGGGCUACACCGGCACCAUGUGUCAGGACAGGUGUCCUGACGAAACUUACGGCUUCGGGUGUCAGCACAGCUGCCUGUGUCAGCACGGGGGCACGUGCCAGCACGACACCGGGGCGUGCCUGUGUCCCCCAGGGUAUGCUGGAGCCUUCUGUGAAACAACCUCCGUGUCGGGCCCCACUAGUGAAGGGUCGGGCGCCUGUGUCACGGAUGACCACUGCCAACAUGGCGGCCGCUGCGACGCCACCUCGGGCACGUGUGAGUGUGCCCCGGGCUGGCGCGGCCACCUUUGUCACAAGCCAUGUCAUCAAGGUUUCUGGGGAGAAGAGUGCCAGGAGGCGUGCUCCUGUGAGCACGGGAGUCAGUGCCACCACAUCACCGGGGAGUGCAGGUGUCCCCCGGGAUUCAACGGCGACAAGUGCCAGUUUGUGUGUCCUGUUGGGUCCUACGGUAGCGGGUGCGAGUCCUCCUGUCAGUGUGAGCUUGGGCAGCCCUGUGACCACGUGACGGGCUCCUGCACCUGCCCUCCAGGCCGCCAGGGUCACCAGUGCCACGAGUUCUGCUCCGAUGGCCACUGGGGGGACGAGUGCCGUGAGAAGUGCCAGUGUGAAGGCUCCUCGCUGUGUGACCCUGUGUCCGGCGACUGUUUCUGCCCCGCGGGUCUCCGGGGUCGCAAGUGUCGUUGGAACUGCCUGAAGGGGAGGUACGGCGUGGACUGCAAACAGAAGUGUAAGUGUAGCAAUGACGGCACGUGCGACCCUGUGAGUGGACAAUGCCAGUGCAAGGACGGGUACUACGGCCCCACCUGCUCCCUGCCCUGCCCACCCGGCACCUUCGGCCCGGGCUGUAACGAGACUUGUGACUGCGAGCACGGCGGCGUGUGCACGGCGGAGGGGGAGUGUAAGUGCCCGGCUGGCUACACAGGAGCCCGCUGCCAGACUGCUUGCCCCGCCAACACCUGGGGCGUCGGUUGUGCCCACACCUGCAGCUGCAAGAACGAUGCCUAUUGUCACCCAGCGACUGGCGAGUGUCAGUGUGGCCUUGGAUGGACGGGUCCAGACUGUAGCCAGGCUUGUCCCGCUGGCCGGUAUGGACCCAACUGCCUUCUGGAUUGUGCCUGUCACCACAACGUGUCUUGUGAUCGCUUCUCGGGUUGCUGUCAGUGUGGCGCCGGCCAUUAUGGCCGCUUCUGUGAGCUAGACUGUCCGAAGGGUUUCUACGGGGCGUCCUGUGUGGGCGUGUGCGACUGUCAGAACGGCGCCACGUGUGAUCACAAGACAGGACAGUGCCGCUGCGCCCCGGGGUACACCGGGGAGAGAUGCAGCGAGACCUGUCCCCCAGGGAAGUUUGGACCGCAGUGCCAGAAGGAGUGUGAGUGUGGGCAGUACCCGUGCCAUCACCACACCGGGGAGUGCCUCUGUCCUGCUGGCCUCCACGGGAAGAACUGUGAUACACCGUGUGGCACUGGCAGGUACGGGCCCGGGUGCCGCGAGGCGUGCCAGUGUCUCCACGGGGGAAGCUGCCACCCUGUGAGCGGCCAUUGCUCAUGUGCCCCGGGAUGGUUGGGUCCCACCUGCAGCCAGAAAGACAGGUGACUGACGAGGGCUCUCUCUCCCACAGUCUCCUUCCUGGCCAGUCAGCACCGAGGCAGAGCGGACAUCCCGGUGGAAUUCAGCUGAUUCCUCGCUGCUCCCGCAGCCAGGAUACCAAUGUGAUAACGAGGCAGUGUAGGUGACAAGAUGAGGUGGAAAAAUGUGGGAAAAGACUUGAUAUAAUGAACAGAGAUUCCCAAGCGGAUCAGUGUAACAAAAGGUUUAUAAUAAAGGCAAAGGACGAAGAGACCUAAGCUGAAUGUAACGGAACGCAGUGUACAGUGAAUGUUCCAUCCGGCUUGCAUGUGAGUGUUCCAUCCGACUUGCCUGUGCAGCCUGGUAAUGGUGGCGCCGCACGCUGCCCCCUCAGCCGUCACCAAACAUGAACACACUAUCAGUGGUGUGACAGCCUUCACGUGAAAAUAAAUACUCCAUUACUUUUUUCAUUAUUUCCUAAGAAACCAAGGACAUGAGAAUUCAUCUCCAGUGCCGCUAAAGCCACCGGGGCGGAGAUUCUGUGGCCGCGAGACUGCAGUCUCCUUGGUUUUGUGAGGCCUGCGUGAAGGCGACUUAAUUUUAUAGUCACUUAGUAAAAUAUUGCACUUUAAGUUCAGCCGCAGAAUCAUAAAAUAGUAUUAUAGGAGUUUUCGUACAAAUGAUUUUUUUAAAUAUAGAAAGCAAGAUUAAUCAGAGACACUUCACUCGUAGACCUGACUCAAGCAGACGACGGUGGACUGAGAGGACUCCCCACGCCACGCCACGCCACGGACUCCUUGUGGAAAAUCAAAUAUUGACGGAAACAUUCUGAAAAUAUGGCAUUGCAGCAACAUUCUAAUACAUUUUUUUCCUUGAGAGUCAUUUUAGUUCAACUUAGCAUUUCUUGUUCCUCUUUGUCUCGAAACUUUCGUCUUUCAGUGGUACGAGUGUGUCUGUCAGCCUUGAUGCUCUGAUUCUGAUGUAUUUUGUCGUAUGAAGAAAAGGCGAAAGUAUUGUAAAUGAGAAAUAACCUUAUACUUUUAAGAUGAUUACGUCAGAGUGUUCGUUAUGUUAUAGAAUAAGUGUUGUUUCACUGCUUUUAGAUAAAUGUUAGCAGAUUUAUUGUUGAUUUGCAUUGUACUGUAAUGAUAAUUGACUUCUUUCUACUACAUAGUCAAUGACACGUUCAAACACUGACGUCUUUACUUCACGCCAUCAGUAAUUGUCAUUAUAGAGAUGCCUGUGAACCUCAAAGUUAAAUAUAUAUGAUUUUUUUUUU